CUAGUACCGGAACCGCUUACUUAAUGAGCAUCCGGCUUCUAUAAAACCAGUGUUGCUCUCUAGUCUCUAUUUCAUAAUUGGGAUUUUUGAUCUUAAAUGCAAGCAAACUCCAAUAGCGAUAUUUAAAAUCCAAAAUCUCAAACGUAACCGGACUCAAAAACCUCACCGCCACACUCCACUGCAAAUCUAUCAAUGGGAGACCGCGGCCGGGAAGACAGGGAAAGAGACCGAGACCGUUACCGGGACCGGGACCGGGACCGUGACCGUAGAAGAGACAAAGAUGACCGCGACCGCAGAAGAGACAAAGACGACCGUAACCUCGACCGAGACCGUCACCGAGAUAGACGCUCACGGCACGGCCGAUCUCGCUCUCGCUCCCCAAAUCGUCAUCGCCGGUCUAGGUCACACACAUCCGGUUCACCAUCUCGGUCUAGGUCACGGUCUGUGGACCGCUCUCACCGUCACCACAGCUCACGGAGGAGAGAAAGAGACGAUUAUCACGACAAUUACGACAACAAUGAUCGCAAAAUUGUAUCCGAUUUUGUGGAUGGAAUUGUAAAGGAACAAAAGAAGAAGAAAUCGGAUAAGAAAGAUGAAAAAGUGAAGAAUGAUGUUGGUGGUAAUGAUGAUAGAAUUGAAGGGGGUGAAGAUGAUGAAUUUGAGAUGAUGAAGAAAAUGGGGAUUCCAUUAGGGUUUGAUACAACGAAAGGAAAACCUGUUCCUGGUGCUGAUGUUAGUGGUGUCAGAGCUGUUACUAAGCGUCAACCUAGACAGUAUAUGAAUCGUCGUGGUGGUUUUAAUCGUCCUUUGCCUGCUGAAUGUAAUCGUUAGUUUAUUGAAUCGGUUUUUUCUAGGGUUUCCUCACUUCUCAAGAUGUUCGUGAGUUCAUCUUUUGAUAUUCUUGACAACGUCUAGUAGUAAUCUAGCAAAGAUUGGACGGUUUCCCAUCAAAAUUUCAGUUGAAUUGUUAUAUACCGAGAGAAAUUACCAUCUAAAAAGCUGUCUGAAGCUAUGCUGUAACAAUAGAGGUUGAUACUACUGUAAUUUAUUUUCCUCAACCAUGUUGCUUCAUCCUGCAAUGCCUAUCUAAGCUUGUUUAACACAUCUAUGUGUUCCUUGUUGGAGGUAAUGGUUCAAGAAACUCCAGUAAUUUGCCUUUUUUGCUGGUAAGCUUCCUGUUUGGUGCCAGGGCAUCAUCAUAAACAACUAAACAAGUACUCCUCUACACUUUAAUGUCGAUUCGUUGGUCAGAUUCUCUAAACCAUUUUAAGAAUGAAUUGCAUUCGUAGGUAUCAACGGACUUUGGAGUCUGCUUAUUUUUACUCUAAUGAAGUUCUUUUUCUUUGAUUACCUUUCCUUGUGCAUAAUAUUGUCAUUUUUAGAACAUAUAACUGUAUGAUUAUCAUCCCAUCAACACUUUUUUUAUUGCAUACCGAUUAUUUUC